CUUUUCUCGCCUUGUUCUAUUAUUGUGACUUGGGCGAGACGACGCCAGCUUUCAGUGUUCGUUGGGCUGCGAGGAGGAAUGAUCAGCUACUUCCUCUGCCUGCGAGAGCAUGAUGUCAGCAGCUACUCUGGGUUGCUUUACCAUCUGCUGCUGCUGUUGCUUUGGUUUGACAUCUACAGGAAGGUGCCAAAAGACCUUACACAGCCAACCUACACAGGGGCUAUUAUCUCUGUCUGCUGCUGUCUCUUCAUACUGUUUCUCUUCCUGUCUGAGCUCACCGGAUUCAUAGCCACUGAAAUAGUUAAUGAGCUCUACGUGGAUGACCCAGACAAAGACAGUGGAGGUAAAAUAGAAGUGAAUCUGAACAUCAGUUUGCCAAACCUGCAUUGUGAAUUAGUUGGACUAGACAUCCAAGAUGAAAUGGGAAGGCACGAAGUGGGUCAUAUUGACAACUCGAUGAAGAUACCUCUCAAUAAUGGGGAUGGCUGCAGGUUUGAGGGCCAUUUCAGUAUCAACAAGGUCCCUGGUAACUUUCACGUGUCAACACACAGUGCCACUGCGCAGCCUCAGAAUCCUGACAUGACUCAUGUCAUCCACAAGCUCUCAUUUGGGGACAAGUUACAGGUCCAUAACGUUCAUGGAGCAUUCAAUGCCUUGGAGGGAGCAGACAAACUCAGCUCAAAUCCUCUCGCAUCUCAUGAUUACAUAUUGAAGAUAGUCCCGACAGUGUACGAAGACAUGAGCGGCAAGCAGCGAUACUCAUACCAAUAUACUGUAGCAAAUAAGGAGUAUGUAGCCUACAGUCACACUGGCCGCAUUAUCCCAGCUAUCUGGUUUCGUUACGAUUUGAGCCCCAUCACAGUGAAAUACACAGAGAAGCGACAGCCUUUGUACAGGUUUAUCACAUCGAUAUGUGCCAUCAUUGGAGGAACGUUUACUGUAGCUGGGAUCCUUGACUCCUGCAUUUUCACAGCAUCAGAGGCCUGGAAGAAGAUCCAGCUGGGGAAAAUGCAGUAGUGGUGAAACUCUACCCUAGUCUCCAAGGACAGGAGCAAAGAUUGAGAAGUCUACCACUACCUGUUUUUGUCUUUAUUUUCUGUUUGAUUGAAUCAGUAAGUUUUUCUCUAAUCAGGCUGUUCGGUGAAGACGUCUUCAACAAAUCAAAGAAAUCUCCAUGCAUUUCAGAGCUCUGAGAGUGAAAAAUCAAUGGAAUCAGGGCAUGGAUUUCGAUUCUCUCCCCCCCCAGAAAGAGAGGUUGAACUGCCAUAUACGAAAUACACCGUCAAAUCUAAGUACGGAUGACAGUCUGUUCUCUGGGAGGUUCCUAUGGCAGUGUACAAACUAGAGGUAGUAGAUUGCAAAGAGCUGAGCUGUCUUGUGGCACUUUUUGGAAUUCUGUUGGAUUUGCAUGAUUAGACAAUCGACUUUUGUAUAAGGCAAAAUUAUACAUUAGGAAGAAAUUCCACCCGUGGUGCCAAAAAGGUGAUGUAUCUGUUGGUGAGGAACGGAAAGUGUUAGUCCCUGUAGCAAACUUAGAGACAGAGGGCAGAAAUAACAUCAAGAAAUGUUUUGUGCUUUUAUUGAAAGCUCUUUUGUUCAGAUAUUACCUUUCUAAUGAAAUGAGCAAAUGAGAAGAGGAAGCCUUCCCUCAGCUACCUUUUCCUGGGUAAUCUAUGAUCCAGGCAGUGGAGGGCAUUUCUUUGACUCUGGAUGUAAAAGUGGUUUCAUUUCUUCCCAGAAACUGAAUAUC